GCAACACACUGUCAUCCGUUUCUGCUGGUCUUAAGACGAAAAAUUAGUUGCGAUAAUUUAAUCUAAAUUAAACUACAAGCUGAAGAUAAAUAUAGCAUAGUAACUAUGCCACUUUAUGAGAGCGUAAUGCAAGAGAAGCCACCAAUUGUGCUGGACAUUGGCAAUGCAUACACCAAACUGGGAUUUGCGGCUGAGGCGCAUCCGCGUAAAAUUAUACCCACGGAGUUAGUGGUGACCAAGACUGGCGAGACAAAGCAGUUAUUUGAUUAUGCCAGCACUGAGGAGCUUUAUGACCAACUUGUGGACUUUUUGCAAAUCAUAUUCUUCAAACAUCUGUUGGUUAGCCCCAAAGAGCGCAAAUUUGUGAUAGUGGAAAACAUUUUUGGUCAAACAAUUAUACGCGAGACACUGGCACGUGUGCUAUUUCUACACUUUGAUGUCUCCUCGGUGCUGUUUAUGCCAGCGCAUCUCAUAGCGCUCUCUACGCUGGCCGUGCCAACGGGCGUGGUGGUGGACAUUGGCUACACCGAGACAACCGUUAUGCCAGUCUACAGCGGCGUACAGAUUAUGUCAGCUUUCAAGGAUCACAGCUACGGCAGCAGCGCUGUGCAUGCAGAGAUUAAACGUCAGCUGCUGGCCACAGGGGUGAAGGAAUCAUUGCUUACGUCAAGCGUGCUUGAGGACAUUAAAAUACGCACCUGCUUUGUUACCACAUUUGAGCGUGCGCAGGGUUUGGCAAGCGAUGAUGAAAGCAAGAAGCCUGUGCCACCUCCAAGCGUGGAUUAUGGCAUUUGUGAUAGCGAUGCGGUCAUUAGCGUGCCCGGCAGCCUCCGCGAAUCCGUUUACGAGAUCAUGUUUGAGCAAAAUAACGAACGCGACAGCCUGCCGCAUCUCAUAUUGCGUGCCAUACUGGAGUGUACGCUGGACGUGCGUCGCGCUUUGGUUGAAAGCAUAUUUGUAAUUGGCGGCGGUGCCAUGGUUAUGGGCUUGCAAUCACGUCUUAAGCAGGAGCUGCAACAGCUGCUGGCCAACGAUAGCUACUAUGCCGAGCGGUUUCAUGGUGAACUGCAGUUCAAGUUCUAUCAGUCCAUUGGCAAGCAAAACUUUACCGCCUGGCUAGGUGGCGCACUCUGUGGUGCCACGGAUCUAAUACAAACGCGUUCUCUUACAAAGGAGGCAUACUUGCGGCAUGAGCACGUGCCCGACUGGAGCAAUCUGGGCGAUAAUAGGCAAGCAGGCUAAGCCUAGGCAAAUAAAUAAGUAAAUAUAGACUUUAAAUAUACUAUAUAUAUAUAUAUACAUAAU